AUGCUCUUCAACGUCGCUUUCCUUUCCACCACCCUCCUUGUGGCUCUUGCAGCUGCUCUGCCGGUGGACCUAUCAGCCGAGCUCCCUGAUCUUAAGGAUCAGAUUGGUGAGAAUGGCGAGGGAACCAGCAAGGCCACGGUGACCCUUAGUGACACUUACAAGGUCUACUCCGGGGACGGGACCAAGAGUGCCAGCUGGCCCAACAAAGACUCUUGGGGUACCUACGACCAGCUCUGGAAGCAGAACCUGCCCUUGAUCCGCCAGUCCUGCACCUGGAAUAAAUGGGGUGAGGACAACUCGGAGACAGAAAUCAGUGACAUCAACAAGGCUAUCCAGAAAGUCUCCAACGAAACCCAAGUGGACAGUCGGAUCAUCCUUGCUGUCAUGAUGCAGGAGAGCAAGGGAUGCGUUCGCGUUCCCACAUCCUACAACCCAAUCAAAAACCCCGGCCUGAUGCAGUCUCACAAUGGCAAGGGCAGUUGCGACGGUGUCGCUAAAUGCUCCGCUGCCACAAUCGAGCUGAUGAUCCGGGACGGCGUUGUUGGCACCUCCAAUGGCGAUGGCUUGAAGCAGUGCUUCGCAAAGACAUUGAAGACCAUCGGCAGCGCGGGCAGCCGGGCGCUGUACGCUGCUGCUCGAAUGUAUAACAGCGGCUCUGUCGACUAUGAAAACUUUAACAAUGGGUUCAGCAGCACCAAGUGCUACGUCUCCGAUAUUGCAAACCGCCUCACUGGCUGGACUUUGGCCAAGUCCAAGUGUCGCUAG